CCCUUCGACAACCAAAGGCAGAUUGACUACCUUUCGCACUCGCCAUGCCUCCCAAGUUCGACCCCAAUGAGGUGAAGAUCAUUCACCUCCGUGUGACUGGUGGUGAGGUCGGAGCCCAGUCCGCUCUGGCCCCCAAGAUCGGUCCCCUUGGUCUGUCCCCCAAGAAGAUUGGUGAAGAUAUCGCCAAGAACACCGGAGACUGGAAGGGUAUUCGUGUGACUGUCCGAUUGACCAUCCAGAACCGACAGGCUGCUGUCUCCGUCGUUCCCUCCGCCUCUUCCCUGGUCAUCAAGGCCCUGAAGGAGCCUCCUCGUGACCGCAAGAAGGAGAAGAACAUCAAGCACAGCAAGUCCGUCGCCCUCGACGAGAUUGUUGAUAUGGCCCGCAUCAUGCGUCCCCGCUCCAUGGCCAAGUCCCUCCAGGGUACCAUCCUCGAGAUUCUGGGUACUGCUUUCUCCGUCGGCUGCCAGGUCGAUGGCCGCAGCCCCAAGGAUGUCUCUGACGACAUCAAGGCUGGCGAGAUCGAUGUUCCUGAGGAGUAA